AUGCCUCCCAACGCCAUUAUUGCACCCUCGAUUCUGUCGGCCGACUUUGCCCAGCUCGGCGCAGAAUGCGCCCGCACAAUGGACCAGGGCGCCGACUGGCUCCAUGUUGAUAUCAUAAAGGAUGGGGAGCAGAGGGGGGGGAAGGAUAUCAAUGAACUCAUGCGCCAGUGUAGGGAUGGCCAUUUCGUGCCCAAUAUCACCUUCGGAGCGCCCGUCGUUGCAAAGAUCCGCUCCCACGUUGACAAGCCCACCGAGAACCAUGGCCGGGGCACCUUUGACUGCCACAUGAUGAUCGCAGAGCCCAAGAAAUGGGUCAAGGAAUUCAAGAAGGCCGGCUGCGACCUGUACUGCUUCCACUAUGAAGCUGCCUUCUCCUCCGCCGCCGAAAGCCCCGAGCAAAACACGGACGAGAAGACAAGCCCCAAGGCACUGAUUCGAUAUAUCCAUGACCAGGGCAUCCUGGCUGGAAUUGCUAUCAAGCCAGAUACACCCGUGGAUGUGCUGUGGGAGAUUUUGGAAAACCCUGAGGAGAAGGAGAGACCAGAUAUGGUUCUGGUCAUGACAGUUCACCCCGGAUUCGGUGGCCAAAAGUUCAUGGCCUCCGAGCUGCCUAAAGUGCAAGAGCUACGAAAGAGGUACCCCGAGUUGAAUAUCGAGGUUGACGGGGGUCUCGGGCCAGGAACUAUCGACCAGGCUGCCGAUGCUGGCGCCAAUGUUAUCGUGGCCGGCAGCGCCGUGUUUGGCGCCAAGGAUCCGGCUGAAGUCAUCGCACUGCUCCGGAAGUCAGUGGACGAAAGAAGCCAGAAGCUAUGA